AUGAAUUUUGAUAAUAUUUAUUUGCCAUGUUCAUUAGACAUCAAUGUCUACAAAGCUUACUUUAAUUUGGAAAAUCAAAAAUUUAGAAAUCCUACAGCUUUGAAGCCUAAACAACAAGAAAUUGAAAACAAAUCCAUUGAAAUAAAAACACUUCGUUUACUAGCCUUGGAUAAGAUUAUUGACAAUUGGAUUGAAAUGCCAAUUUUUAACGAAAUAACAAAACAAGUUGACAGAAAUUAUGUCGUGGAUAACCUGGCUCUAAAUAUACCUAUAAAAAUAUCUAGCCUUCACAUCAAAGAUGAUUUUUUUUGGCGGAAAUCCUAUCAGCAUCGAUGGAAUACUUUGCCAAUUGAUGUAGAAAACCGGAGUUGGAUCAGCAUUUAUAUGGAGAAACAUUUGCAGGAAUAUUUAGAAAACACUGAAGUUUGUGAUUACGAUCAGGAAAGUGUACAAACGGUCUUAGAUAUUUGCGCUCCUUAUAUAAAUCGGCUACAAAUUGAUUUUCUUCAACCUUCCAUGGGUGAAAGAAAUGAUCAUAUUCCACUUGAUAUUAUUCUGAGUAGCCUUCCAGAUUUAAAAUCUCUUAGAGUAACUUAUUGUACGAAAACUAUUGGGACUAAUUUUUACCUAGGUUGUUCAUCAUUUUCACGACGAGAUAUAACCAAUUUCGCCUUAGGAAUAAGCAAUUCUUAUGAACUUAGAGAGUUUUGGCUUCAUAGUGUAAAGCUUGAACCGUAUCAACUUGCAUAUAUUUCAAAAUCUCUGGACAGAGGAUGCCAGCAUUUGAUAAAAUUAGCAAUAACGCAUUGUGCUAUGCAUGAUGAUGGAUUGCAACAAUUUUUAGAUGGUUGUACAGUGGAAUCGUUUCCAAACUUGAAGACAUUAGAUUUGACUAAUAAUUUGAUUUCCCCAGAAGGAGCAUAUGUAUUAAGCCAAGCACUUCAAGGCAGGCAUUUGGAGAAAUUAUUUCUCAGAUUAAAUCCAAUAGAAAGUGAUGGAGCAGCUGCUAUAUUGUCUGUAGUUCAACAUCUACCCCUUAAAAUAUUGGAUAUUAGUGGAUGUUCUAUGACUAAUACAAUAACAAAGCUAUUGAUGCAGUUUAUUGUUCAAAAUGAAACUAUUCUAAAUUUAGAUGUUUCAAAUAACUUUUUAGAAGAAAGCUUUGGUACAAAAAUUUGUAAAAUAAUUGGAUUCAAUAAAGUAUUAUGUCAAUUGGAUCUUCGAAAUACUGGUGUUACACAAGAUACUAAAAAUAAAAUAAUUGAAGUAUUAAAGCUUAAUAAACAUUAA